CUGACACAGCCUGCAUUCAAAAAACACAACACAACAGAUCAGACCAUUUAAAAUUAAAAAGAAAAACAAAAGCAAAAGAUUCCACAGCUUUGUCGUUAUUACCAAUCUCUGUUUUUACAAAACGAUACAGUUUCCUCUCUUUCACACUCACUCUUCUCUUUCCCGCUCACUCACUCAUCCGCCAUGUCUAUCAAACCACUUCCUCUUCUCAUCCUCCUCCUCCUUCUCCAACUCUCAAUCUCAUUCGCUCAAAACGACACAAACGCACUCACACUCUUCCGCCUCCAAACCGACACACACGGCAACCUCGCACGUAACUGGUCAGGCUCCGACGCUUGUACCUCCUCAUGGCAAGGCGUUUCUUGCUCACCAUCAUCACACCGCGUCACCGAACUCUCACUCCCUUCACUCUCGUUACGUGGACCUUUAACCUCUCUCUCCUCCUUAGACCAGCUCCGUUUCCUUGACCUCCACGACAACAGACUCAACGGCACCGUUUCACCUCUCACGAACUGUACUAACCUCAGACUUGUUUAUCUCUCCAGUAACGAUCUCUCCGGUGAGAUACCUAAAGAGAUCUCAUCUCUUAAACGAAUGAUACGUCUUGAUCUCUCUGAUAACAACAUCCGUGGAGUUAUACCUAGAGAGAUCCUCGGGUUUACCCGGGUUUUAACGAUCCGGCUCCAGAACAAUGAGUUAACGGGUCGGAUCCCGGAUUUUUCUCAGAUGAACUCGCUUCUUGAGUUGAACGUUUCGUUCAAUGAGCUUCACGGUAACGUCUCCGACGGUGUGGUGAAGAAAUUUGGAGAAUUGAGCUUUUCCGGUAACGAAGGAUUAUGCGGGUCGGAUCCUUUACCGGGUUGUACUUUCACAAACGACCCGGAAUCUUCAAACACGGAUCAGAUUGUUCCUUCGAACCCUACUUCGAUUCCUCAUUCUCCGGUUAUCGCCGAAGAACCGAGAAUUCACGGUCACAGAUGGGUUAAACCGGGAAUAAUCGCGGCGGUUAUCGGUAGUGGUGUUGCGGUUAUUGUUUUGGUUUCUUUCGGUUUUGCUUUCUGUUGUGGGAGAUUAAACCGGACCGGUGGCGGAGGAUCCAAAACCGGAAGUGUAGAGAGUGGUUUCGUCGGCGGAGGAGGAGAAGGGAAGAGACGAAGCAGUUACGGCGAAGGAGGAGAGAGUGAUGCGACGUCGGCGACAGAUAGGAGCAGGCUUGUGUUUUUCGAGAGGAGGAAACAGUUUGAGCUUGAGGAUUUGUUGAAAGCUUCUGCGGAGAUGCUUGGUAAAGGGAGUUUAGGGACGGUGUACAAGGCGGUGUUGGACGACGGCUCCACGACUGUGGCGGUGAAGCGGCUUAAAGAUGCGAAUCCUUGUCCGAGGAAAGAGUUUGAGCAGUAUAUGGAGAUUAUUGGUAGGCUUAAACACCAAAACGUUGUUAAGCUUAGAGCUUAUUACUAUGCUAAAGAAGAGAAGCUCUUAGUUUAUGAGUAUCUUCCUAAUGGAAGCUUACACUCCCUUCUUCAUGGGAAUCGUGGACCUGGACGGAUUCCAUUGGACUGGACUACGAGGAUUAGUCUAAUGUUAGGAGCAGCGAGAGGAUUAGCGAAGAUUCACGACGAGUAUAGCAUUUCAAAGAUCCCUCACGGCAAUAUCAAAUCAUCUAAUGUGCUAUUGGACAGAAACGGUGUCGCAUUGAUAGCGGAUUUCGGUUUAUCACUUUUGCUAAACCCGGUUCACGCUAUCGCUCGGUUAGGAGGUUACCGUGCGCCGGAACAGUCAGAGAUCAAACGGCUAUCUCAGAAAGCUGACGUGUAUAGCUUCGGUGUGUUGCUCCUCGAGGUUUUAACAGGGAAAGCUCCCUCGAUGUUCCCGUCUCCGUCGAGACCUAGAUCAGCGGCGUCGGUGGCUGUGGAGGAAGAGGAAGAAGCGGUGGUUGAUUUGCCGAAGUGGGUUAGGUCGGUGGUGAAGGAGGAAUGGACGGCGGAGGUGUUUGAUCCGGAGCUUUUGAGGUAUAAGAAUAUUGAGGAGGAGAUGGUGGCGAUGCUUCAUAUUGGAUUAGCUUGCGUCGUGCCGCAGCCGGAGAAAAGGCCAACGAUGGCUGAGGUUGUUAAGAUGGUUGAGGAGAUUAGAGUUGAGCAAUCUCCGGUGGGUGAGGAUUUUGAUGAGUCGAGAAACUCGAUGUCUCCGUCGUUGGCUACUACCGAAGACUGCUAAGUUUGGUUUUCGUCAGUGGCUUUUGUAGUAAUAUGUAUCGUUUGGAUCUUGGUCGAUUUUAUUAAGGUUUCUUGCUUAGAAAUCCUCGAUUUGCAAACUUGUCGGAGUUUUUUAGUUAUGUUUUUGUGUCGUCACCGUACUAGUAUGUGAUUUCGUAACGUUGUGGGUUUUGUGGAUUUAUAAAAGCCGUUUCAAAUACUAUGUGUUAAGGCCCAUUAA